AUGAAAAGAAGAAGUGUACAAAAAAAAAGAAGAGCAAAAGGUGUUAUUCCCAUUGAUGGAGGAACAGAGCUAGAGUCUGGCUAUGUGAUCAACAUAGAAGAGAAGCUCAAAACACCUCUCAUACCACCACCAUCAUUCACCAACUUUGAAUUUGAAUCUUGGCAAGGUAUUCAAUCUAGCAGAAGCACUCAGAGCUUAAGCUGGCCCACAUACAGUGGAUCCACAAGUCAAUCUGAUUUUGUGACAAGGUGGUCUGCCUUGCAAGGGUUACAGAGCUACUGGCUAAUAUACUCUGUUGUCAUCUCUAUGAUCAAUGCAUCCACUGUCUCAUCCAAUGAUAGGAGUGCACCUAGCAAGGUGGAUAAGUCAGAAGAGAAGUGGGCAGGCAUUGGUUCAAAUAAUAACAGAGGAGUGGAUAUAGAUGACACACUGAUGAAGAAGGAGUGGAUUAGCAGUGAGGCAGAUAUGGAUGAAAAAGAGGAGUGGGCUGGUAUCAGGCUAUAUAGUGUUAGUGAGGCUGAUAAGCUUAGCUUGGAAAGAGCAGAACUUGGUCAUGAGAAUGUGGCUGAUAAAGAGAAUAAGCUGCUGGAGGUCUAUCUGUAA